GGAUUGUGGGAAAUGUAGUCAGCGCCGUGUUGAUGUUGUCCACAGCUGGUUAGCAUUUCUAUUGUCUUUCUUAUGAGAGGGAUAUCCGCUACAAUCGUUGCUUCUUUUCGUAUUCACACGAAAUUCUUACAAUUUCAUAGUCCACCAUGGCGGAUGAGCAAGAGAUAAUGUGCAAGCUAGAAAACAUCAAAGAAAUAAGGAACAAGACCAUUCAGAUGGAGAAGAUCAAGUCUAGACUGAGGAGUGAGUUUGAUGCUCUUGAGUCAGAGGAGAAGCACCUGAGAGAGUACAAACAGGAAAUGGAUCUUCUGCUACAGGAGAAAAUGGCUCAUGUAGAGGAACUGCGUCUCAUACAUGCUGAUAUCAAUGUGAUGGAAAACACUAUCAAACAGUCUGAAAGUGACUUGAACAAACUGCUGGAGUCAACCAGACGUCUCCAUGAUGAAUACAAGCCCCUGAAAGAACAUGUGGACGCCCUGAGGAUGACCCUCGGCCUACAGAGACUCCCUGACCUGAGUCAAGAAGAGGAAAAGCUCUCACUGGAUUACUUUGAAAAGCAAAAGGCUGAGUGGCAGACUGAACCUCAGGAACCUCCUAUCCCAGAAUCCCUAGCAGCGGCGGCGGCUGCAGCCCAGCAGCUUCAAGCCGCGCGGAAACAAGACGCCAGGCAGACAGCGACGUUCCGCCAGCAGCCGCCACCUAUGAAGGCUUGUCUAUCCUGCCACCAACAAAUCCAUCGGAAUGCACCAAUCUGUCCUCUCUGCAAAGCCAAAAGUCGCUCACGCAACCCUAAAAAACCUAAGAGAAAACCAGAUGAGUGACACACAUGGCUCCAAACAACCCCUAAGAAAACCUGAUUUACACAUAAACGCACUCACUUACGCUCUCAUGCAUGCACGACAUAGACACUGACAGUUACUACACACACAUACACCAUUGUCCUGAAGGAACAGACCAUCUGCAGUCUGAUAACUUGACCCCUCAUAGUGAUCCUGUAUUUCAUCUGUCUUUCUGCUUCAGUGUAUGUGAGAUCUCAGUUUUUCCAUUUCAUUUUAUAUUAGUGAAACCUUGAUAUUGUAUUUGUACUGUGUCUGUAUUUAGUUUGUAGUGGAAAUGGAUGCUGGUUUAGAAAUGUACUAUUCCGUGUGGGGUUUAAGUCUAAUCCAUUAGUUCAAACUAAUGGUGGCUUUAGUCAAUAGAGCCAUUUGUACAGUAUUCAUUUAAUGCUUAAACUGAUCUUUAAUCAUUUUAAUUCAUUAUUAAUGGUAUGAUUUCACAUGUUUUUCAAUGUUUUUUCUUGGUAAGUGCAAAUUGUUUUUCUUGUAUUAUGUAACCAUGGACUGUCUCAGACCAUGUCAGUGUUCUAGAAUGUCUUAUGGACCGUUCACACAUGACGUAGAUGGAGAGCAUUGGAAUGGAACAGAGCGAGUUUUUAACUUUAAAGGUGCAGUGAUCGAUUUUUGAGAAACGCUGUUAAAAAAUUUAAAUCACCAAUACUAACAUGCCCCUACCAAAAGGAUCACACCCCUAUCUUGAUAGCUCCGCCCCCCUCCGGUCCGAUCCACUUUCAACAGCGUAUCUCAGAAAAAUCGCUUACUGCACCUUUAAGUGUCUUUAAAAAGUGGUGCUAAUGGCAUUAAAUGCUAAAAUAACUAGACGAUGGUACAACAGGCAUUAAAACAAAGAUUAGGGUUAAAAAGUUACUGACAAAAAAAUAAUAUUAACGCAGAAUGAACCCAAGAACAUGUCCUGUGUGAACGGCCCCUUAGAAGUAGAAUAAUAAUGGAACACAAAUUGAAUGGGAGUUCUAAAGCCCAAGUUCUUGUAAAACCAACAUUCAAUUUGAGCAAAUGAGCUGUGUUACUUUGUGUUUUGGAAUUUGUCCAAAAGGGGCAUUAAGAAUUUGUUAGAUCGUUUAGUAUUGAAUCAUUGCGUUUUUUUAAUAAUUAAAACGUGUGAAACUAAUAAACUGUGGACGUCUUGUCAUGAUGUUAAAAUUAAUAUAAUACAAUUCAUUUCAGUUGA